AGAGAGAGAGAGAGAGAGAGAGAGAGAGAGAGAGAGAUGUUUGGCGAAAGCCUGUAUCGGUGCUUCUCUGGCUUCCGCCACGCUUCUCAUUCUGCUCCUCUCCCGGCUUCCCAAAAUGCCCCCGCCUCCUCUUCCUCGUGCGACUCUCCCGUCGUCUUUAAGAACUUUAAUUCACUGUAUGACCCCGCCUCAGACUCCGAGACGCUCUCCCUGACUCUUCCCUCCUCCGCCGUCGCCGUCGCCGCUGCCGCUGCCGCUGCAGGCUCCUCUUUCACGUCCUCCUGCGACGCCCCCGACGACGACGGCGGCGGCGGCGGCUCCUGCCCCUCGGAGCGCGACCUCUUCUCCGCCAUCGCGUCCCGCCGCCUUCUCCCGGCGUCCCCGGGCCGGUCCAACUCCAUCGUGGAUUCCGCGGCGGUCGCCGUCGGGGCCGGGACCGGGGUCCCCGUGCCCACCUACUCGCCCGACCCGUACCGGGACUUCCGCCGGUCGAUGGAGGAGAUGGUAGCGGCGCUGGGCCUGGACGCCCGGGACCACCGUGCCCACCUCCACGAGCUCCUGCUCUGCUACCUCGCACUCAACCGGAAGCACGCCCACAAGUACAUCGUCAGCGCCUUCGCCGACCUCCUCCUCGCCCUCGCCUCCACCCCCGCCGUCGACAAGGCCUGAGAGCAUGGUUUUGCUGGGCUGUGUACCUCUAAAUGCUGUUCUUUAUCCCUUCCUCUGUUGGAGGUGGCGUAUAGAUCGAUCGUACAUACGUACAUACGAUUCCAAUACAGUGUUCUCAGCACAUUGUAUCCUAUGUUUGAGAUGGAAUGUUGUUCCUUUUUCUUUCUCUUAAAA